AAAACUUGGGUCUUCUGACUACUCUCCGCGCAUAGACAAAGGUAGCAGCAACUUUCUGAAACUUUUUUGAAAACUAAUCUUCCGCUUUUUCACGAGCAAUCGCUGAAAAAGCUAGGGUUCCGCCCCCGCCAUACCCAAAGCCAAAGCUAAACCUACCUUACCUGUCGGUGCUUCUCUCUCUCUCUCUCUCUCUCUCUCUCCGAUAUCCAGAGCCAGGUUUUCAUUUCCUUUUUUAUGCUUCGGAUUUUGUGGAUUUCAUAGACCAAAAGGCAUUUGUCAGUGUCAGCAAAGAACCCAAUUUUUUUUUGGUUGAUUGCUUUCAUGAUAACGUAUUUAUGAAGCAAACUUUAGCGUUGGGGGAAGAACGUGAGCGAAUUCACUGCUUCUAAAGGAGCCGCUGGAUCUUCAUCCCGUGAUUUCUUUUUUGAGUGGUUUGGUUGGUUGGUUGGGGGAAGAUUGAGGCUGUUUUUGAUAUGGAGAGCUUGGGAGAUUCAGCACCUGAUUCUGGGAUAUUAUAUGAUUGUGGAUUUCUCUAGGGGAAAUAUCGUGUAGUGGUAGCGAUGGAGGAUAUAGGGCUGGUGAAGCAGGGGUGGAAAUGCCUGCGGUCGCAGAAGGAUGCGUGCUUGCGCGCGCGAAUCGCGCUCGGUUGUUGCAAAGACAAGAUUGGUGCGUUUCUGGAGCGGCAUUGGCCCACGGUGUGCACCGGGACAGUCAGGCUCGGGAGGUUACUCCGGUUCUUGCUGCUGCAAUGGAAGGACUGUUUUGUAAGGGGGUUUCGGUCAUUGAUCACAUUGGGUUCAGCGGCGCUGCUGCUCAUCAUGUGGAGUUGCUUUCUUAGUCUUACUUCAAUCUCUUGCUUAGUCUUUGUGCUUCUCAGUAUGGGUGCUGCUGGAGUUGCUAUUAAGUACUUGGGCUACACUCCGGGAAUUUUUAUUGUGGGGCUAUUUGCUAUUCUACUUUUAUGGAUGUAUGCGAACUUUUGGAUAACAGGAACAUUGUUUAUAGUUGGAGGUUAUUUAUUCUCCCGAAAUCAUGCGCGGUUGGUGGUCUUAAUGGCAGUGAUAUAUGGCAGUUACUGUGUCCAAGUUCAAGUUGGAUGGCAUGGUGUUUUUCUCUCAAUAAACCUUGCAUUCUUAUCUAGUGAUUUAUUGAAUUUUUUACUCCAAUGGUGUGAUAAUAUGAGUGAAAGUACACACUUUGAAGAGGAGAAACCGUCAGAAAGUGUUAUGGAGGAUGACUUUUCAGAAGAAAGUGAAUACUUUGUUCCUACUUCUGAAUCUGAAAACUUGCACUCAUGUAAAUCAUCCACUAAGCGACCUGUGACUUUAUCUGUCAUCAGUAACUACAAAGAGUCUACUGCUAGCAAGGUGGUCAAAGAACAGACAACUUCAGUUGAUGAGAUGAAAAGAAUAUUAAGUAGUGCAGAUCAUUAUGAAGCAUUGGAAUUCCCUCGACACAAAAUGAUUGAUGCAACGAUUUUGAGAAGGGAAUACCGGAAGAAGGCCAUGCUUGUGCAUCCUGAUAAAAACAUGGGAAGUCCACUAGCCAGUGAAUCCUUUAAGAAACUUCAAUGUGCAUACGAGGUUCUUUGUGAUUCGACAAAAAAGAGAGACUAUGAUGAGCAGUUGAGAAAGGAAGAAUCCAGGACUAGGAGCGUUUGUCAAAAGUCCCAUGGUGCAUCACAUCAGGAUAAUCCUGAUUAUCGCUCUGAAGAGUCGAGGCGUAUACAGUGCACCAAAUGUGGCCAUUCACAUAUAUGGGUGUGCACCAAUAGGAGUAAGGCCAAGGCAAGAUGGUGUCAGGAUUGCCGUCAGUAUCAUCAAGCCAAGGAUGGAGAUGGAUGGAUUGAAUACAGAGGCUCGUUGGCCUUUGAGUGUUCUCAGAAGGUGGAAAUACCACGUGCUUUCGUCUGUGCUGAGAGCAAAAUCUUUGAUGUAUCAGAAUGGGCUAUCUGUCAGGGAAUGGCUUGUAGGCCCAACACUCACCGUCCCAGCUUCCAUGUAAACAUGGUUGGGCUGGAGAAAACUCAACGAUCCAAAUCCUGCAGAUAUCCAUGGGAUUUGGAUGCGGAAAUGCUGGACGAAGACGAAGAAGCAUUUGAGUUGUGGCUUCAGCAUGCUCUGGCCUCUGGCUUCUUUUGUGAAAGCUCCAAACGCAGGAAGAGCUGGAGCCCGUUCAACUUGCAUCACAAGAAAGGGAAGAAGCAAUGGCAUCGAAGAACGUCGUGCUGAGUAGUAGAGGGUAAAAGUUGUCUUGCCCAUCAUCCCAAGGGGGGACUGCUGAAAUCAAGGGUGAAAAUGAUGGGUGGAAUUUGUACAUGCAAUCACUAGGAAUUCCAUUACUUCUGGUAGGGAGGAAGGCCUAGAAUACUUGACACACCGCCUCACGCAUGCUAAGAAGAAUGUAGAUUGGUUAGAAAACUUUAUUUGUGUCCAUGGAUUUGAGAAAUGCCCAAGUUGGAGCUGUAAAUUUUUCCCUAUAAUGUGCCAAGACUUGGAAUUCUCAGGUCUAACCAGUGACAUUGAAAAACCUUGUUCGACUCUUACUAGAAAAGGGAUUCCAAAUGUGUACA